AUGGCGAAGCUAAACGAGCGGAAGCGGAGCCUGGUGAAGCACCAGACGCGGGCGCCACAAGGAAAGAGGGGUGGCUUUCGUGUAGGUGCCAAGAAUGCAUCUACGGGUGCUUAUAUCGGUGGAGCGAAAAAGCACAAGGCCGAUCUGAUUCACAAGGCCAAUGUCAAGAAGGCGUACGCAAAGGUGAAAAAGCAGGAAGGCAUCGAAGAGCCGCACACCAUGCAAGAGACCACACAGGACCUCGGGCGAUUUGUCCCGCAGCACGAGACACCGGACUCUGCUGCGCCCACCCAAGCGCCGCCACCCAAGGCCUCCGCCGAAAAGCCCACAAAGAAGAAGCUACCCUACUUUUACCGCGUGCCGAAAGAGACAGAAAAGCGCGAGCCGCAAGCGCCGCCGCGCACGCGUGAUGAAGCCGUUGAGCAACGGCGCGAGCGCCACGCGCUGUGGAACAAAAAGAGUCCCAGCCAUUUGGGCCGCCAGCGCGGACAGCCAGAUUUGGGCGCGCGCAUGGCCGUGAUGCUGGACAAGAUCAAGCACACCUAG